AUGUCCUAUCCCACCAACCAGCCUGCCCCAGGCGGCAACGGUGCCAACCCCAACCCCAACCCCAACCCCAACGCCCCCCAACCUGUCCCUGUCUCGCCUCGUAUCAUCCAGCUGACGCAGCCCAUGUCAAGCCCCAAGAAGCCUAGACCCACGCAGCCAAGAUCGUCGCAGCCCAGCAAUCUGCGCGUAUCGCUGACUGCCGUCGACGACGCCAGACUUCCCGUCCCCAGCCCAAUGACACUUGACAAGGAGAUCAACGUCUUCGAGCGAGCCUUCGAGCAAGCCUACGCCAACAGGCCCAGCGCGCAUAUUGGAGCAUUCGGUGUCGCGUCCAGAUCCAACCCACCCAAUGCGCCCGUCACGCGCGAAGAGAUCGCCGAGAAGCCCGCUGAGGAAGUCCCUGAACGAUUCUCUAGGGAAGUCCCUGGCGAGAAAUCGGAGAAUGGGGAGGGUGGUUCCGCGGACAACAUUACGUCGCACCCACGCUCUUCGGAGGCAGACCCUAGAACGGCAGAGAUGUUGAACGCUACGGUUGGAACUCCGCCUGUCGAAGAGACGAGACGUGCAAGCGAUGAGGAUUACCUUUAUGGUGCUGGUCCCGCCUACUCGUCGGGCGCGAGUCCUGACGAUGACGAGGAGGAUGUCUAA